GAAGAAGAAGAGGAGGAGGAGGAAGGAGUUGCUGCAGAGAGAGGAGGAGAAGAAGAUGAUGAAGAUGAUGGUGCGGAGCUGAAGAAGAAGACGACCAAACAGAGAGCUGUUGUCUUCACUUCCUCUCCAGACAGGAAGUGUGUUCCAGGUAUUAUUUACCUGGGUCACAUUCCUCCGAGGCUCCGCCCCAAACACCUGAGGAACCUGCUGUCGGUGUUUGGAGAGAUCGGACGCAUCUUCCUCCAACCUGAAGAUGGCCAGGUGAGGAGGAGGAAGAGGAGGUCUGGGUUGAGGAGGUGUGACUUCACUGAAGGAUGGGUGGAGUUCAGAGAUAAACGAUUGGCCAAGAAGGUGGUGUCUUCUCUCCACAACACGCCUAUGGGAAGCAGGAAACGCCAACGAUUCUCCUCCGACCUCUGGUCCAUCAAGUACCUGCACCGGUUCCAGUGGACUCACCUGAGCGAGCGGCUGGCCUACGAGCAGACGGUCCUCCAGCAGAGACUCAGGACCGAAGUGUCUCAGGCGAAGAGAGAAACCAACUUCUACCUGAACAACGUGGAUAAGAGCUCUCACAUGGACAACCUGAGGAGGAAGAGACAGAGAGAUGGAAUACAGGUGGACGAGAGGACGUGGGACUUCACUCAGCGUCAGACGGAGGAAGAGAUCCAGAUGAAGAAGAAGAAGAAGAAGAGAGACUCUGUUACCCAGAAACACCUGGACAAGGCCUGCCUCAUACAGCAGAAGAGCCAAUCAAACGUCUCACUGCUAGCCAAGAUCUUCAACUCCAACCAAUCAGUGUGACAGCACAGAGACGGCUCAUUGGCUGCUAGACAAGAUUGUUUCCAUGGAAACAGGAGGCAGAUUGUAGUGCACUGGUGAUGACAUGCCCAUCUUCACCAACCAAUCACAGGCCAGUCUGAGCAGGGGGCGGAGCCUUCUGAAUUCUGUUCCCAACUUAACCAGUUAGUUAAGGCCUUAACGAGCUCAUUAACCAGUUAGUUAAGGCCUUAACGAGCUCGUUAACCAGUUAGUUGAGGCCUUAACGAGCUCGUUAACCAGUUAGUUAAGGCCUUAACGAGCUCGUUAACCAGUUAGUUAAGGCCUUAACGAGCUCGUUAACCAGUUAGUUAAGGCCUUAACGAGCUCGUUAACCAAUUAGUUAAGGCCUUAACGAGCUCGUUAAGUCGUGUGUGUGUGUGUGUAUACACACAUAUAACAUUUAUCAUGUAUUUUAUUGCAUGAAGCGCUAUUGCUUGUAUGAAAAGAAUAAAGAGUGAUAUUGAC